AACUGAGAAAAAGUGGUUCGUUUCAAAUUGUAAAUAUUUUGGAUGUGAGAUAUGCCAUCUCAAUUCACCGCUUAGAUUUAAUUACAUUUUUGAUUUAGAGCGGUAGAGUUAGUGACAAAUCUGAAUAAAAUAGAGAAAUGUCGGUCACCCUGCAUACCGAUGUUGGAGACAUAAAAAUUGAAUUAUUUUGUGAGCUUUGUCCCAAGGCAUGCGAAAAUUUUUUAGCACUUUGUGCUAGUGGGUAUUAUGAUGGAUGUUUAUUUCAUAGAAAUAUAAAGGGAUUCAUUGUUCAAACUGGUGAUCCAACAGGAACUGGUAAAGGAGGUACUAGUAUAUGGGGUAGAAAGUUUGAGGAUGAAUUAAAAGAUGAAUUGAAGCAUAAUACCAGAGGUAUAGUAUCUGUAGCUAAUAAUGGACCAAAUUCCAAUGGUUCACAGUUUUUCAUAACUUAUGCUAAACAACCUCACUUAGAUAUGAAAUAUACAAUCUUUGCAAAAGUCAUUGAUGGAUUAGAGACUUUAGAUGAAUUAGAAAAACUGCCUGUCAAUUCAAAGACAUUUCGACCUUUAACUGAUACUAGACUCAAUUCUGUUACUAUUCAUGCAAAUCCUUUUGCAAAAUGAUUGUUAAAAAAAGUUUCCACCUCUACUCAAACGAAGUUUAUGUAUAUAUAAAGUUAUAUUUUUAUAAUAAAGACAAGUUU